GUGUUGGGGGUGCACCGGAGGGGGGGAGCGUUGUGAGCGGCGGACGCGGCCUGGAGGAGCGAUGAGCAUGGGGGUGCUGUGCUUGAAAAAGGGAACGUUACUAAAGCAAGUGUUUGCACUCAGCCGAGCAGCAACACCCAGAGAAAGUCAGCUGUGUGCUGCAGGUGCUGCACUUGUGAGUUUCCACAGACAUUACAGAUCCCGUCCUACACAUGGCAUUGGGAAGUACAAACAUCUGCUCCCAAAGGAGGUUCCAAAGAGAAAAAGGGAUAGAGUACAGAUGAAAGAGAUAAAUGUUGGGACUGAACAUGAGUACGGAGAUAUUAACAUCCAGAUGACUUCCUACGAUAUGUGUCUCGUGGAGCAUUUUGCUCAAUACGUGCAUAAACUCUGCAACCAGCUGUCCAUUAGAGUGAAUGAAAGCUACGCGAUGCCCACCAAAACCAACGAAGUUCUGUUCUUGGAAGAGCGAGGCUCCAAAAUGCAGCUGGAUGCAGUUCUCACCACCCACCAGAGGGUUGUCCAGAUCAGCAGAUUGAGCUCAACGUUUGCUCCAAUACUCUUGGAAAUUAUUCAGAGUAAUCAGCCCGAAGGGGUCCAUCUGUUAAUGAAAGAGCACACGGAAUCUGACUUCAAGAGCCGAUUGAAGUCCCGACCUGAACUGGAAGAGCUGCUGGCCCAGAUGAGCUGAGGUGCUGAAGAACACUCAGUCCAUUUCAGAGCCAUCCCUGGGAGUGAGAGGCUGAUCUUCCUCAGCUGCUCAAGCCUCCAGAAAGUUGAAUUGUGAGCUCUGUACUGACAAGGAGAAACUUCCACCGUUGUGAAGUGUCUCAUCUUAAUAAGGACAAAUACGUAUGUUUGUAUCUGUCUUGUUUGCGCUGUGAAUGAAAAGGCUCCAUGGUGAAAUUUGGUUUUA